AUGAGUUUAGUGAACAUGUCAUUUAUUCGCCACUUGUCACAACCGAAAUAUUUCGUUCCAAUUAUUGCCACAGCCUCUUCAAUUGGAUUGGCUUAUCACUUUUCAACUUUGACCAUUUCGAAUGAAGUAUCGAAAACUUUCAAAGGUAAUGAUGAAUGGGUUGAUUUGAAAUUGAUUAAGAAGAUUGAGCUUAACCACAACACUGAUCAUUUCGUAUUUGAAUUGUUAAAUAAAGACGAUGUUUCGGGAUUGGUCGUUGCCUCAUGUUUGAUGACCAAAUUUGUGACUGCUAAAGGUAAUAAUGUCAUCAGACCCUAUACCCCGGUCUCUGAUCCAGAUCAAAAGGGAACCAUUGACUUUGUUAUUAAGAAAUAUGAAAACGGUAAGAUGUCAACCCAUUUACACGGUUUGAAAGAAAACGAUACAGUAUCUUUCAAAGGGCCAAUUGUUAAGUGGAAGUGGGAACCUAAUCAAUACAAAGCUAUCACAUUGUUAGGUGGAGGAACUGGUAUCACACCCUUGUAUCAAUUGAUCCAUGAAAUCGCCAAAAAUCCUGAAGAUAAGACAAAAGUUAGUUUAUACUACGCUAACUUGUCUGAAGAUGAUAUUUUAAUCAAGAAGGAGCUUGACGAUCUUAGGGAAAAGCAUAAAGACCAAGUAGAUAUCACUUACUUUGUCGAUAAAGCAAAGUCCAGUGCGUGGAACGGCGAGGUUGGAUAUAUUGGCAAGGAGUUUUUGGAGUCACACUUGCCUGGACCAUCCAAAGACACUAAGAUUUUUGUGUGCGGCCCUCCUCCAUUUUAUAAAGCUCUCUCGGGUGUCAAAAAUUCCCCAUCUGAUCAGGGUGAAGUUACUGGUAUUUUAGCUGAAUUAGGAUACACGAAGGAAAAUGUAUAUAAAUUUUAA